CUAGAAUGAAACUUGUUUAUAUAAUCAGGGUGGAAACAGGUUACGGCACUAAAUGAAGCCUCCUUUCUGUUAAAAAUAUUUUGCUUUAUUUCCCCUGUAUAACGGCUUGUUGUUAUUUCAAUUUACUUCACUACACAAUGACCCUAACCACUACCUCUUCCCCCGAUGCCUUGCCGUUGACACCUGAGCGACUGGCCUCCGCUGCUGCCAAAUGCGUCGCCCUCCAACAGUCGGGACGUGAAAUCCAUUUUAAGCGACCAUUCGCGGCUCUCCUGCUAGGCCCUGACAGCGAAACAGUUUUAAUGAUGUCUCUUUCACUCUCGCAUGUUCGACACGCGGAAUGCGAACUGGCUCGUAACGCGGCAGAUAAUUACUCCUGGGACUACCUAGCUAAAUGUACCAUGGUCUCCACGUGGGAGCCUUGUGCAAUGUGCGCCGGAACCAUAUAUUGGGCCCAUAUUGGACGUUUGGUCUACCUGGCAUCAGAGAAGGCCCUGCAGAAACUGACAGGAACGGGGAAUACGGAGAACCUGACCCUUGAUAUGCCAUGCCGGGAGGUUUUUGCUGCAGGUCAAACGGCCGUGGAAGUUCUAGGCCCAUUAACAACUGAGGGGUGGGAACAGAAAGUUGUUGAUGAUGCGGCACAGUAUUGGUUAAAGAAAACGUAGCUAAAAUGGCUGUCCAAAUUCACAGUCCUAAAGUUAUCGCCAUAGUGCAUAAUCAUAAAUUCCCUCGGCUUUAUAACACGUUUCGACGAUGAUAGAAGACAUAGAGGAGAAGAGAAAAGUUACUAGUAUCAACGAAAAGAACGCUCUUGUCAUUGGAUGCUAUCAUAGCUCAGUCUGAAAUAGCA